CUACUGAUCAAAUAUCGCCCCAUCUCUCUUCUAUCUCAGCAACAUUGGUAAGCAGCCCUCUUCCCUGCGUUCCUGACUGCCCUGAGGCUGCAAGAAUAUCUUUCACACCUCCUAUGAGAUCCUAACUCGUGGAUCAUUGGCUCCACGAUGGCGAUACGGCAUUGAGCCAUUCGUGUGGCUGGAUAUCGGGCGCUGUGUUUUGUCGUUCCUUUUGAGCUGAGCCGAACGCCACGUUCCGGAGGCUCUUGGUCAUGAUCUUGAACUUUAUACUGACAAACCUUCUCAGUGUUAGGUAGGCGGGCAUAUAUUGACCACCGUUGAACGAUCAAAAGCCCCAACCGAACCGUCGCAUUGUCGUGAGACAUUUGCGUUGAUCGAGCCCAAAAGAUCCGGAACAGACUGCUGGUCGACGCGCUUAGCGCCCCAUAAUGUCACAAUCGCCAGCAUCAACUGAAGUCAUGGGAAUCGGCAAUAUGCUGAACAAUAAAGCCGGACAACAGGCCGCACAGGGCGCCAACCACGAACAGUCUAGCCAGCAGAUGUCCCAACUUCCCCUGGACCGAGCGAACUCACCCCACGGUUCGGAGCACUCCAAGUAUUCUGGUCCUAUGAACACCUCGUACCCGUCGCCGACUGCCAUGGCAGCGUCCCUACCUUCGAUGCCCAACGCCAACAUGGCUGUCGCACCUAUGGGUAUCCCAAACUUACCUCCGAGUGUGCUGGCACCACAUGGAAUGGCACCCGGCUCCUACAAGCCUCAAGAUGUGGCCCAACCGCCACCAAAGGCAUAUCCUUGCAGUACCUGUGGCAAAGGUUUCGCGAGGAGGAGCGAUCUGGCACGUCAUGAACGUAUCCACAGCGGCAUCCGGCCUCAUGUCUGUGAUUAUCCGAAUUGCGGAAAGCAGUUCAUUCAGCGUUCUGCCCUCACAGUCCAUCAGCGCGUACACACGGGAGAGAAGCCGCACCAGUGUGAACGAUGCGGAAAGCCAUUCAGCGAUUCUUCUUCACUCGCACGGCAUAGGCGCAUCCACUCGGGCAAACGCCCGUACAAAUGCCCUUUUGCGGACUGCCAGAAGACAUUCACCCGCCGAACCACUCUCACGAGGCACCAAAAUCACCAUACUGGAACGAUCGAAGAGGCGGCAAGAGCCACGGCGGAAGCAUUGGCAAGACGUGCGAACCAGCCCCAACCCCGAACGAAGCCCCAAUCGGAAGGGGAGCAAGCAUCCAACCACGCAUCGCCAAUGUCGACCCCGUCGCCUGCUCAGCGCAACAUGUCCAUGUCACCUAGUGCCGAGAUGGCCGGGAUCAGCAACCUUCAGUACAUGAGCAACAGCUCCCUCCCAGUGCACCUCCGAAACGACGUGCAUGCUGGUAGCCCUGCCUCUACCGUGUCGUCUGGGUACACCGGUGCCAUCCGGCCGACCUCUCACCCUACUCGGUACGGUCCUCCUCCGACUCUGGAGCCCAGCAUCGAGAAUCAACAAGGAUCAGGCAGCGCUACUGGCAGCCCGCAUAUGGGAAGUGCCGGGUGGCAGUCUCCCUCACACGCGGCCUCGCCAACUCACAGUGCUAGUGGCAACGGCUACGUCUAUCCCGACCCGGAAGGGUAUCCGUCGAGCAGUGCUACCAUGGGCCAGAUGUUCUACAACAGCGCACCAACCACCCGAAGGUCUGGCAGCACGGAACCGGCGUCGGCUUCGUAUGACGCGAAAUCCCGAUCCAACGAGCUCUGGGCCGCGGCUCAGUGACCAAUUCCCGUCUACUUGGCUCAUUGCUUUAUAUCCUCGGCUCCCGAGAGCCACUACGACUGAUGGCGAUGGGGGAAGAAUCCCCUGGAACGCCCUCCGGCUGAACUUGUUCGCUAGGC